AUGAGAGAGCUCGGCUUGUUUCUUCUGUGCCUCCUUCGCAUCUCCAGGAAGGGUGUGCAGUCCAACAGCUGGUCUGUUCACGUCCCAUCUGAUGUUACGGGUGAACUUGGGAAGAUGGCGAUCCUGCCCUGUACUUUCACACACCCCUACAAAACGUUUGACCGGACCCUCACUGCCAUUUGGAGGAUCAAGGAACCUUACAACGGCACGAUCGUUUUCAAGUGCAUUAGUCAGAGUGCCAGUGAGCUCUGUAAGACUGCCAUCAGCUACAAGAACAAAUACAAACUGCUUGGCAACCCCCGGCACAAGGACCUUUCCAUCAGGAUUGACAAUCUGACCUGGAGUGACAGCGAGAGAUACUUCUGCCGGGUGGAGUUGUCCGGAGAUAUCCACGACAAGUAUGAAAGCAGGAAUGGGAUAAAGCUGCAUUUGAUUGCUGCCCCCAGGAUCAUCAACAUCACCGUCAGCUCCAACGGGGAUCGCACCUUCCAGGCACGCUGCACCGCCGAGGGGGAGCCAGUGCCUGCUCUGACCUGGACUGGACCACCCUACAGCAACCUGACCUCCAUCACCAGCAUGAAUCACCGCAUCACCAAGGAGCUCCGGUACCUGACCCACGAUGGAAAAUACACCUGUACUGCUGUCAACAGCCACGGGAGAGCAGAGGGGGCUGUGUACUUCUAUAAAUUCAAAGCAUCCAACAGCUCCUUCUUCCUGAUCCUGAUCUUUGUGCCGCUGGGAAUUAAAGUGCUCAUUUUGCUGGUGAUACUGGGCUUCACCGUUUUCUCAAGAGGGGGUCCCUCCUCUGCCCCAUCCAGCCUGGCCCGGCCACAGCUGCAAGACUCCACCUAUGAGAACUUCGACCGCAGACUUGGCGGCAGCCAGACUUUGCCGACAGAAAGAACAGCGUCGAGACACAGCUGAGGACCUGGGCGAUCUCAUCCGCACCCGCUUGCACCGUUCGAAUUCCUGCCUGCUCCGUACAAGCGCGCCUUUCACAGCGAACGUAAGACUGACGUUGACUGAUGUGCAGAAGGUCAAACAGACCUUGCAGGUGCAUGUUUUCCAUCUCUGAUGCUGCUUACAAGAAGGAGAAGCCU